AUGAGUUGGGAUCACCCCGUCCACAGCUUCAGUUAUCCCAACGGUGAACCUCAGACGCCCACGAGGACUCCUCCGACUACAGUCUUCGACGAUUCGACCUUCCAAACCCCUAAACUCGAAUCCAGCUUUUUUGAUCCCAGAGUCACCUGGGAUACCUCCGAUCCAUAUGCCUCCAGCCCAGAAUUCCUCCGAACCCCCCAGAAAUUGGGGCUGAGUACGCCGUUGAAUAAUCCCCUCCGAUUACUAAAUACGGGCUCAGAGUCUGUCAACGGGCGGAAUCUGAAGGAAUUGGAACAGGAUACGGAUACAGCCAAGCGCAUCAGAGCGACCAAACCCAAUGGGAAUCCCGACGAAGAAGGGCUCCGAACGGUGGGAUCCGCCAAAUCUGCUGCCUCCAUUCAGACCCCGCCGCCUAGCAGUGCGUCCAGGAGAAAGGUGUCCGGGCUCGAGAAUGUCAGUGGCACGGGACGACGACCGUCGGCCUCGAGUGCCAUUGGGGGCCACCUGGAGACUCCUAGUCGGUUGAUGGGGGCGUCUCCCAGGCUAUUUGGUGAUUUGCAAACGUCUCCGGACCCGUUCCAGCUGGCAAAUAUUGAUCCAUCCGCCUCGCCUUUCUUUCCACAGCAGAGAUUGUUCUGGGACCAUGAUCUCGAAACGCACGGUUUGUCCGGGAAUAAUAUCGACUUCUUUGAUUCGCAUACAGCUGAUUCAUUUCACAUGAAUCCAAGCUUCUCUCAAGCCUCUCACAUCCCGCAAUUACCGUUGAUCGAGGGGAGUCUAGAUCUGCCAGAGUUUAGCAGCAAUGCAUACGGCCUCACCUCUGCGGCACCCACCGAUGCGGCCCUGUUUCCCGCCCCUUUCUCGACCUCCCCUAGAAUCCCCGUAGCCAAGGCCGAAGAUCCAGCGAUGUUCCUGAGCUCUCCAGCUCGUCGCUUUGGAGGGCCCCAGCCAACACCGGAUAAGAGACUUUUCUCUAGACCGGGUCGUCAACCCUACCACCAUCAGACUGAGGAGUCUAAGCGGGAGCAGCUUCGACGCACGCAGAGUGUCCACCAGAAACUUACCGCAUGUGAUGACGAUGAUGAUGACGACUUCACUCCUCGGCGGGAACGGCCCACGCUGACUCGCAGUCUCACCCAGAGUGCUAUAUCCGCUCAGCGACCUGGGAUGGGUGGAAUGAUGUCGUCUACAUGUGGCAUCCGGAAAAGCCCCUCCAAAAGAUCUUCUCCCACGAAGUCACUACGGCAGCCAUUGCAGCGGUCCAACUCUGCCGCUACUAGUCUUCCCAGACGAUCUCAGUCCGUUGUCCUCAGGAUUGGCAAGGACGGUAGAGCCAAAACGGAGAUGCAGCCCGUCACUGAAACGCCAACCGGGCUGACGGAUCCCAUUACCCGGAUGGACUUGGAUGGUUCGACAACCGAAAGUGAAUAUGACUCGGGAGAGUUCUCUGAGUACCCAACUGUUUCCAGCCGUAAUCCCUCGAUGACCUUUUCUGACGCCGGUUCCCGACCACACUCGAAGGGCUCUUACACCUCCACCGCUGCCUCCUCACACUCGGGUCGGGCGUCUCCUUGGGGCGGUUCCUCUCGAGGUUUUGCUAGGAGGCCUACCUAUCAACAGGUGCCGGAUGACUGGAAGCGUACGCCAAAACGACAAACCAUGUUUAUCCCCUCAGACUUGACGUACCGCAGCGCCGGUACUAUCCCGGCUCCCCUUGCCGAUUCCGAAGAAGAGUCUGGCGAUGCCCAACAUGCACUCCGAAAGGUUCUCCAGGAGAGAGGCCGCAUUCCCCGAUCCCACACCGUCAACUUUGGCUCCCGAGCCAAUCGACCCUCACGCUCCUUAGCGCACCUCCGUUCCUCCCCACCCCGGUUUGGCGCCGAACUGGAUCUCAAUCUUCAGGCGCCGAACACGUCUCCCACGACCAUGACCGAUCCUGACCUGGCGACCCCGAGCACCGACCGAUACAGUAACCCCAGCAGUGGAACUAGAUGCAUCUGCAAUUCUAUGGAUAAUGGCGGCCACUUGAUGAUUCAAUGGUAUGUACGCUCUGCCUAA